AUGAAGUUCUCUCAGAUCCAGCUUGCGGCACUCGUGGCCAGCAUUGCCUCUGCGCAAACCCUCAACAUCCCAACUCGUGUUGGCGAGAUCACCUCGCUUCCUUCGCCCAGCACCAUCACCGGCAGCGAGGACUACGGCAACAAGGAGUUCGACAGGGGCCAGCCGUGUGAUUCGGAUGAAGACACCGGCAGUGACAACGCUGUCUUCGUUCUCGAGGAUGGUGCUAGCCUGUCCAACGUCAUCAUUGGUGCUGAUGCCCUGGAGGGCGUUCACUGUCUUGGUGCUUGCACGUUGACCAAUGUCUGGUUCCGCGACGUCUGCGAGGAUGCCAUCUCCGUCCUCGGUACGGGUGACGCUACCAUCAUCGGCGGCGGUGCUCAAGAGGCCAAGGACAAGGUCGUCCAGCACAACGGCGCGGGAACGGUCACUAUCAAGGACUUCACAGUCGUCAACGCUGGCAAGCUCUACCGCAGCUGCGGUGACUGCACCAACAACGAGUCCAAGUCUCCUCGCAAGGUGAUUGUCGAGAACAUCCGCGCUUUCGGCAUGACCUCUGACCUCAUCGGCAUCAACUCCAACUUUGGUGACGAGGCAACCAUCAGCGGAUCUUGCGGCGAGACUAAGAACGUAUGCCAGGAGUACAAGGGUGUCAACAAGGGCAGCGGUUCUAGCUCCAAGGUUGACACCAAGACGAGCUGCAAGGGUGCUCAGGGUACGCUCGAGACUCUGCCUGCGUGCGGUGCAGACGACGAGCUCCCGGAGCCCGAGGUUCCUUCUGGGACCGCUUCCGAGGCCGUCCCUUCUGCGAGUGCGACACCUACCGAUACCGAGGUCCCUGAGGAGACCACCACCCCCACCCCCACCGAGGCUGAGGAGGCGCCCGAGGAGACCGAGGUCGAGGAAGAGGGAGAGGAAGAGGAGGCGCCUAUCACCACCGCGGCACCUGCUCCCUCUACGCUGUUGACGCUGACCAAGACUUCCGAGGCGUCGACACCCACUGAGGGCUCGUCUGGCGGCAGCGUUGCGCGCUGGGGACAAUGCGGAGGUCAGGGCUACACGGGCCCUACUGCUUGCGCCGCCGGCGAAUGCACGGUCCAGAAUCCCUUUUACUCGCAGUGCUUGUAG